AUGGCAAGCGCAAACGUUGGAGUGCUCCCAGUCGCGAGCCUUCCUAUCAACUAUGACGAGGAGAUUGAAAAGAUUACCGACUUUGUGUCGCGCUUCGUGCCCGACCGCAGGCGACGCACCGCUGCGUUGCCCGCCGAUGAUGACGAGGCGGCAGAGGACGAGAGCGAGGAUGAACUCGAGGACCUGGAUGACCUCGACAUGGACGAGGGUGAAGGCCGUAGCAAGGCCAAGUACAUGCGCAUCAUGCGCAAGGUCGCCAACCGCCAGACCACUGAGGUGGUCGUCGACCUCGCAGACUUGCAAAAGUUCUCCGAGGACCAGUCGCUCCUCCACAACAUUCUCAACAACACGCGUCGCUACGUCCAGCUCUUCGCCGAUGUCCUCGACAAGCUCAAGCCCGAGCCAGACCAAGCGCUUGACAUGGCCGCCGCCGACGUUCUCGACAUCUUGAUGUCACACCGUGCGCGGAGAAACGCCGAGCUCGAGGAGGACAGCGACGAGACCCAGUUCCCUCCCGAGCUCAUGCGUCGUUUCAACGUCUACUUCCGCGCCCCUCGCAGAAAGGAAGUUCUUGCCGUUCGCGCUGUGCGUGCCAGCCACCUCGGCCACCUCAUCACUGUGCGCGGUAUCGUUACCCGCGUGUCCGAGGUCAAGCCUCUCCUCCUUGUCAACGCCUACACUUGUGACUCUUGCGGAAACGAAAUCUUCCAGGAGGUUGCUCAGAAGUCGUUCACGCCUCUCGCCACCUGCCCCUCCGAGGCGUGCAAGACUAACCAGACCAACGGCAACCUCAACAUGCAGACCCGCAUGUCGCGUUUCCAGCCCUUCCAGGAGGUCAAGAUCCAGGAGAUGGCCGACCAGGUUCCCGUUGGUCACAUUCCCCGUUCCAUGACCGUCCACAUGUACGGCUCCCUCACUCGCUCGGUCAACCCUGGUGACGUGGUUAACAUUACCGGUAUCUUCCUCCCCACCCCUUACACGGGCUUCCGUGCCAUGCGCGCCGGUCUGCUCCAGGACACCUUCCUCGAGUCGAUGCACGUCCACCAGCUCAAGAAGCAGUACUCUGCCAUGGAGGUUACUCCUGAGAUUGAGGAGGCCAUUGAGGAGCUCAAGGAGGACCAGAACCUCUACUCGCGCCUCGCCAACUCGAUUGCUCCUGAGAUUUAUGGCCACGAGGACGUCAAGAAGGCCCUGCUUCUCCUUCUUAUUGGUGGUGUCACCAAGACUGUCGGCGACGGCAUGAAAAUUCGUGGUGACAUCAACGUCUGCCUUAUGGGUGACCCCGGUGUGGCCAAGUCGCAGCUCCUCAAGUACAUUACCAAGGUCGCCCCCCGUGGUGUCUACACCACCGGUCGUGGUUCGUCUGGUGUCGGUCUGACUGCCGCUGUCAUGCGUGACCCCGUCACCGACGAGAUGGUUCUCGAGGGCGGUGCUCUUGUUCUUGCCGACAACGGUAUCUGCUGUAUCGACGAGUUUGACAAGAUGGACGACUCGGACCGUACCGCCAUUCACGAGGUCAUGGAGCAGCAGACCAUUUCGAUCUCCAAGGCCGGUAUCACUACUACUCUCAACGCGCGUACCUCUAUCCUUGCCGCUGCCAACCCCCUGUACGGCCGCUACAACCCCAAGGUCUCGCCGGUUGAGAACAUCAACCUUCCCGCUGCCCUUCUCUCGCGUUUCGACAUUCUCUUCCUCAUCCUCGACACGCCUACGCGUGACGAUGACGAGCGUCUUGCCCAGCACGUCACCUACGUGCACAUGCACAACGAGGCACCCGAACUCGACUUUGAGGCUAUCGAGCCCACGCUCAUGCGCCACUACAUUGCCGCGUGCCGUAAGAUUCGCCCCAUCGUCCCUCCCACCAUGAGCGAGUACAUUGUCUCGUCCUACGUCCAGAUGCGCAAGCAGCAAAAGGAGGACGAAGCCGAGGACAAGAACUUUACCUACGUCUCGGCACGUACCCUUCUUGGUGUGCUGCGUCUCGCACAGGCUCUCGCCCGUCUCCGCAUGGACUCUGUCGUCGGCCAGGGCGAUGUCGACGAGGCCCUCCGUCUGAUUGAUGUCUCCAAGGCGUCGCUCUACGAGCACCAGACCCGAACGGGCGAGGACACGACCGACACGUCCAAGAUUUUCCGCAUUCUCAAGGACAUGGCCUCGGGCCGCGGUGGCGCUGCCCGCCGCCGUGGUGGCCGUCGUGGUGCCACCGAGUCGGACGAGGAUGAAGACGACGAGCUCGAGGAGCUCACCAUCGUCGACGUCCGUGCCCGUGUCCUGGCCAAGGGCUUCACCGAGAACCAGCUCAUGGACACCAUUACCGAGUACGAAAACAUGGGCGUCCUCAUGCGCACGGCCAACAACACGCGUGUCCGCUUUGUCAACGCGGACGAGUAUUAG